GAGGGGGGGGGGCACCUGAAAGAAGCCUCUCCCGUUCCGAGACCGGGCCUCCGGGGGGGCUCUACCAUGGACCCCCCGCUUGGGCAUCGCUUCCUGGUCCGGAUCCUCGGCCUCGCCUGAACCCCCGGUUCGGAAGCGGGGGGCAGGGCGGCUUGGCACAAAAGGUGCCCCCCAACCCAGUCCAAUCCGGCCAGGGCGCACGGGAAGCGCAGCCAGCGACAGCGGGGGAGCGGCCUUUCCGCCCUUUUGGGGGGGACUGUUGGGAUCCCCUUGAGUGGGGGUGGGCUCCCUUCUCUCCGAGGGUCCCCCCUGCUUUGUCUUGGCCUCUUUCCCCCUUGUUUUGCCCCCCAAAAGAGGAGAGGAGAGCCUGAUGUUCGGAGAGAGGAGAAGGACGCAGAAGAGGAGGAAGGAGAGCCACUAGCCAAGGAGGAAGGCGAGGAAAAGACCCCUUUUUCCCGGAAAUUACGACCCCCACAUCUCCCCCUCCCCUCGGGACCCUUUUCGGAAGAGGAAAAGGAAGGAGAAGAGGAAGGAAACGAGGAGGAGGAGGAAGGAGGAGAGGAAGGAGAAGGAGAAGAAGAUGUCUUUGCGAACCGCGUUGGCCGCCGGCAAUGAGCGCAAUGCCGACACUGCGCACCCGCGCUGCCCAGUGGUGACACUGGACGCAGCCCCGCUCCCGGCCACCCCUCCGCCACCCCCACCGCUGUCCCCGCAACCGCCCUCCUCGGGCCCAGCGCUGUCCGGCAGCCGCUCGGAGAAGGGCUCCUCCUCGUCCUGGUCCAGCCGCUCGCUGGGCGCCCGCUGCCGCAACUCCAUCGCCUCCUGCGCCGACGAGCAGCCGCACAUCGGGAACUACCGCCUGCUCAAGACCAUCGGGAAGGGCAACUUCGCCAAAGUCAAGCUGGCCAGGCACAUCCUCACCGGCAGAGAGGUGGCGAUCAAAAUAAUCGACAAAACCCAGCUGAACCCAACAAGCCUCCAAAAGCUUUUCCGCGAAGUCAGGAUCAUGAAGGGCCUCAACCACCCCAAUAUUGUGAAACUUUUCGAAGUCAUAGAGACAGAAAAGACCCUCUACUUAGUGAUGGAAUACGCCAGCGCUGGCGAAGUCUUCGAUUACUUAGUCUCUCACGGCCGGAUGAAGGAGAAAGAAGCCCGGGCUAAGUUCAGACAGAUUGUCUCCGCUGUGCACUAUUGUCACCAAAAGAACAUCGUCCAUAGGGAUCUCAAGGCCGAGAACCUCUUGCUGGACGCCGACGCCAACAUCAAGAUCGCGGACUUUGGUUUCAGCAACGAGUUCACGCUGGGCUCCAAGCUGGACACCUUCUGCGGAAGUCCUCCUUACGCCGCCCCGGAGCUCUUCCAGGGCAAGAAGUACGACGGGCCGGAAGUGGACAUCUGGAGCCUGGGGGUCAUCCUCUACACCCUGGUCAGCGGCUCACUGCCCUUCGACGGGCAGAACCUCAAGGAGCUGCGGGAGCGUGUGCUGCGGGGCAAGUACCGCGUCCCCUUCUACAUGUCCACCGACUGCGAAAACAUCCUCCGGCGCUUCUUGGUGCUCAACCCGGCCAAGCGCUGCACCUUGGAGCAAAUCAUGAAGGACAAAUGGAUCAACAUUGGCUACGAAGGGGAUGAACUGAAGCCCUACAAGGAGCCCGAAGAGGACUUUGCAGAUGCCAAACGGAUCGAGGUGAUGGUGGGCAUGGGCUACACAAGGGAAGAGAUCAAGGAGGCCUUGACCAACCAAAAAUACAACGAAGUCACAGCCACCUACCUCCUGCUGGGCAGGAAAAACGAGCAGGUGGAAGGGGGCGAGUCCCGCACGGGCAGCAGCCUAUCCUUGGCCCGGGUGCGGGCGCCCAGUGAGGCCUCCAACGGGACCACCAAGUCCUCCUCUUCCUCCUCCUCGCACUCCAAGAGCCAAAGGGGGUCCUCCACUUACCACCGGCAGCGGCGGCACAGCGACUUCUGCGGACCCUCCCCGGUGCCCAUGCACCCGAAGCGCAGCCCCACCAGCACCGGAGAUGGCGAACUGAAGGAGGAGCCGCGCAUGCCCUCGCGCAAGGCCAGCUGCAGCGUGGUGGGCAGUGGCCGCGGCAUCCCCCCUUCCAGCCCCAUGGUCAGCAGCGCCAACAACCCCAACAAGUCGGAGAUCCCCGACCGGCGCAAGGACAGCGCUGUCAACACGAAUAACAUUCCCUCUAGCAUGAUGACCCGGAGGAACACCUACGUCUGCACGGACCGGCCAGGCGGGGAACGCCACUCCUUGCUCCAGAACGGCAAAGAGAACAGCUCUGCGUCCAGCCGCGUGCCCCCGGCCUCGCCCUCCAGCCACAGCAUUGCGGCCAGCUCCUCCUCCUCCUCCUCGGAGCGCACCCGCCUCUCUCGCGGCACCAACAUCCGCAGCACCUUCCACGGGGGGCAAGUGCGGGACCGGCGCGGGACCGGCGUGCAGAACGGGCCGCCCACCUCGCCCACACUCUCCCACGAGGCCAGCCCCCUGCCCCAGAGCCGCAGCCGCGCCACCUCCAACCUCUUCAGCAAGCUCACCUCCAAACUCACACGAAGGGUCGCAGACGAACCUGAGAGAAUCAGGGGACCUACGCUCACAAGUGGCAAUCUACCUUGGCAUCAAAAGGAAGCAGAACCCCGGCUGCUCCGAUUUACCUGGAAUGUGAAGCUGACCAGCCCCCGCUCGGCCGAGGCUCUGCUGGCCGCCCUCCGCCAGGCCACGGACUCUGCCCACUGCUUCUGCCGCCAGACGGAGCCCUUUGUCCUCUCCUGCUCCUUCGAGAAGGCCCCCAGCGAGCUCUUCUGCGCCUUCGAGGUGGAGGUCUGCCGGCUCCAGCGCCUGGGCGGCCUCCACGGGGUGCUCUUCCGGCGACAGGCCGGCACCUCCCUCGCCUUCCGCAGCCUGGUGGGAAAGAUCUCCGACCAGCUGCAGCUCUAGCCGGGCGGGCGGCCAGCCCAGGGGACCCUCCCGGGAGACCCCCGCCCCAGAAACACACCCGGUGCAGCCCUCCACGCCCCCAACAUUUCCGGUGCACCGAGGAGCCGCUCUGGGGACGAGGCUGCCUUGCAAUUGUGGGGGCGCCGGGUGCAGAUUUGGGGUGCAAACGGUGGCGAUGCCAUUAGGACUCUUCUGGACGAUCACAGGCUGGAGACAAAAUCCUCAACCCCAUAGUUUCAGGGAUGGGUCUGAUCCUGCAUUGCAUUGCAUCGAGGAGCUGCUCUGGGGGAGGGGUUGCCUUGCACUUGUGGGGGGAUUCGGGGGCGUUUGGUGUGGAUUCUGGGGUGCAAAAGGUGGGGAUGCCGUUAGGACUCUUCCGGAUGAUCACAGGCUGCAGACAAAAUCCUCAACCCCAUAGUUUCAGGGAUGGGUCUGAUCCUGCAUUGCGCUGCAUCGAGGAGCUGCUCUGGGGGAGGGGUUGCCUUGCACUUG